AUUAAAAGCCAUAAGUAAAAUAUAUAUAUAUUAUUAUUGUCAUUACCGAAUGAAAACUCUCUGUAGGGCAUCGACCCACUCUUCAAUCCAUUAACCAAUAGGAUUAGCCACUUAGGCCCACACCACAAAAAGUCUUCUAGGCAUUUCCAUCAGAUGAGGGAAUGCCUGCUUAUUUAUAUACUUGUUCUCGUAAAAGAUGCUCUCUUCCGAUGUUGUUUCACAAAAGAUGUUUGUAACUUCUUUUGCUUAAACCUCAGCUUGAUGAUGUCUGUGAUCUGCCUUGAUGUAAAUCAGGCCCAGACAUCACCGCCAGACCUUCACGGUCUGACACUUUGUAAGGCAGAGCCACGACACGUCAUGAAUAUUUCACCGAAGGAUCCACUCCGGAACCAACUUGAUUUCAAAAACUAACAAGUUGCAGUGUCGAACAGUCUUUACUAUACUUCUUGUAGAAGCCUGCCUCAAAGUCGUGAAAAACACGUAGUACUCUC